AGGCUCAAUUCUGGGAGUUGUAUUUCUUGUCUUGCGAAUUCUGAUAUCGCUAGACGGCUUAUUAUCAAUCCCCAAUCAAACACUAUCACCCUUCAAGUCUGUAACCCUUUUUUUCACCAAAAGAUCAUGUCCGGAACAACUGAAAUUAGCAACACUGCGGCUACCUCAGAGGUCUCUUUGAUUGAAGGCAACAACUCGGCUCCAACAGGGGAAUUGCAGAACAUCCAGGCAGCGUACAGGUUGAAUGGGAAGAAUUAUCUGAAGUGGUCUUAACUAGUUCGCACAUUCUUGAAGGGAAGAGGCAAACUGAGUCACUUACUCGGUACUGGGCCUAAAAAAGGGGAUCCUAAAUUUGAUGCUUGGGAUGAACAAGACUCUAUGGUGAUGUCUUGGUUAUGGAACUCUAUGCUUCCAGAAAUCAGCGAUACAUGUAUGUUUCUUAACACAGCCAAAGAAAUAUGGGAAGCUGUGAAGCAAACUUAUUCUAAAGUUCGAGAUGCUGCACAAAUAUAUGAAAUAAAGACCAAGAUUUCAUCUACCAAGCAAGGAAGUCGGUCAAUCACAGAAUAUUCCAAUCUGUUGCAGAGCUUAUGGCAAGAGAUGGAUCAUUACCAGUGCAUUCAAAUGAAGUGCGGCGAAGAUGCAGUGCUCCUUAAGAGGUUAGUUGAAAAAGACCGAAUUUAUGAUUUUCUUGCGGGACUGAAUAUUGAAUUUGAUGCAGUAAGAGUCCAAAUACUUGGAAAAGAAGAUCUGCCAUCACUAAAUGAAACAAUUGCGAUUGUUCGUGCUGAGGAAGGAAGGAGAGGAGUCAUGAUUGAAAAUAAUUCAGUGGACAGUUCAGCCUUGGUCACAAAAGCUGUAAAUGAGAGGAAAUUUGACUUGGAGCAACCAACUAAUGAAGACAACAAGCAGACAGAUUUUACAAGGCCGGCCAAUAAAGAUUCCAUGUGGUGCACAUACUGCAAAAGGUCCCGUCACACUAGGGAAAAGUGUUGGAAACUCCAUGGAAAGCCACAGACAACAAACAAAAGUUUUACAGUGAAAGGUGGACAGCCAAAAAGACAUGGGUAUGCAUACACAGCAAGCAGGCAACAAGCUGGAGAAGGUAAUUCUCAAGAAUCUUCUGUUGAGUUUAAUAGAGAAGAAAUUGAGAAACUGAAGAAUCUACUGGGAUCAUUGGAGAAAACAUCUUCAACAGGUACUUGCACUUUGGCAUUCUCAGGAACAGGGAACGAGGAGGAUGAUUGGACAUGCUAGAGAAAGGGAUGGCCUAUACUAUCUUGAAGAACCCAGUGGUCAAGUUAGUGUUCCAAAUUCCUCACCAUUAUCAUUUCUUUCAGAGUC